AUGGGCCAAACCCAAUCCCCGGAAUUGGAUCAUCAAGGUGAAGAAUCGGUUAUACAGUACCCAACAGACCUUACAAAUCCCUCAAGACUUGAUCGCUGCCGCUUCUUAUACCAACAAAUUCGCUCUCAACUGGGCCACGAUCUCUGGUGGCUUGGUCUAGUGGUUUUUAUCAUGACGGCUGUAGAGGCCGAUCACUACAAACUGCAUCCUCAGGCAUUUUCCACCUUCAACAUCAUUUUCGAGGUUGUAUCCGCAUAUAGCUGCGUCGGCGUGAGCGUCGGUUAUCCUAACAAGGGUUACUCUUUCUGCGGCGAGUGGCACACGGUCAGUAAGCUUCUGCUGGCGGCAGUUUCAUUACAGGGCAGACAUUGCCGCUUGCCUGUCGUUGUCGACAUUACCGUAUUGCUUCGUGAAUCUCGGUGCUGGAUCGAGAAUGUGACACACCAACAAAAGAAGAAUGGCGAUUUAGAAUGGGCCAGAUGUUCAGUUAUUGCACCGGACACACAAGCGGUGUCGACCAAUCAGUUGCAGAAAGUCCCGCCAUCCUUAUUCGGUGUCGUACAAUAG